AUGGACCCCGAAAUUCAGUACAUCCUCAGCCUCAAGGCCGUCCGCGAACGUGCCCAUCGCGUGCUCCAACUCGCAGAGCAGAACCGCCUGAAUCACUUCGACUACCACCAGGACAAGCUCGAGACUGCCGUUCAGUACGUGAUCAAUGUCAUCAAGCGCGACUUUGGCCCGGACAAAUACAGCCUGAUUCCUCCCCACGGGCGCUGGCAGCACUUUGAAGUCGGCGGCAUCAACCGUCCCGAGCAGCUACUGCGCCAGUGGAAGAACGCCGACAGUCUCGAGCAGGCGCGGGGACUGGUGGAUUUGUUCUUCGUGUCGGUCUUGCUCGAUGCUGGCGCCGGAGACAAGUGGCGCUUCACCGAGCCUGAAACGCAGGGCGUCUUUGGUCGCAGUGAGGGUAUCGCGGUUGCGUCGUAUCACAUGUUCAUCAACGGCGACUUUGCCUCCAACAGUGAGCGGAAGGAUAUCGUGACGGGACAAGCCCUCGUGGACUUCAGCUCCGAGUCGCUCGAGCGCGGCUUCCAGAUCGCAGAAGAGAACCCGUUCGUCGGCGUUCCCGCCCGAGUCGAGCUGAUGAAGGCGCUGGGCCGCUCACUCCUCAACCUGCCCGAGAUCUUCGGUCCUUCCGGCCGGCCGGGCAACCUCGUCGACUACCUCCUCUCCAAAUCCACCACCCACAAGGAACUCAACUACGACAUCCUCUGGGACACGCUCCAGCAAGUCCUCCUGCCCAUCUGGCCCGCCUCGCGCACCCACAUCGACGGCCACCCCAUCGGCGACGCCUGGCCGCUACAGGUCCUCGCCGCCGACGCAACAGCCCGCGCGGACACGGCCAAGUGCGCGCACAUCCAGCCCUUCCACAAACUCACCCAGUGGCUCGCCUACUCCCUCACCGUCCCCUUCGAGCGGCUCCUCGGCGCCACGUGGGCGAACAUCGAGCGCGGCACCGGCCUGCCCGAGUACCGCAACGGCGGCCUCUUUGUCGACCUGGGUGUAUUGACGCUGAAGCCCGAGGCUGCGGAGCGCGGGCGCGCGAACUCCGGCGAGCGCCUCCCGGCCUUCGAGGCGACGGCUGAUGAAAUCGUGGAGUGGCGUGCGAUGACGGUGGCGCUGCUGGAUCGACUGCAUAGCGCGAUUGCGGCGAGUGAGGAGUUGUCGGCGCAGAAGCUGAGUCUAGCGCAGGUGCUGGAGGCCGGCAGCUGGAAGGCGGGUCGUGAACUGGCGGCGGAGAAGAGGCCGGAGACGCGGUCGAGUCCGAUUCUGAUCCUGGGUGAUGGGACUUUGUUUUGA